AUGUCUGAUCAUGAGAUCACAAAAAUGGAAGAAGGUGACCUUAAGGCACCAAAACAACAAAAGGAUUUAGGGUUUUUUAGUUCUCCUGAGGUUGUUCAUACCAUACAAAAGGUAAUAGCUGAGGUGAUAGGAACAUACUUCUUAAUAUUUGCAGGGUGUUGUGUAGUGGUUCUGAAUAAAGUGGGAGAGAGUAAAGGAACCAUAACAUUUCCCGGCAUUGCUGUCACAUGGGGUCUAUCAGUUAUGAUCUUGGUUUACUCUCUCGGUCAUAUCUCUGGUGCUCAUUUCAAUCCCGCUGUCACCAUUAGCUUUGCUGUCUAUCGUCAGUUCCCACUCAAACAGGUGCCGAUGUAUAUUGUUGCACAAUUGCUAGGAGCUAUCCUUGCUAGUGGAACAUUGUGCCUUCUUUUUGACCUAGAUGAAAAGUCGUUUUUCGGAACAAUACCGGCUGGAUCUAAUGUUCAAUCUCUUGUUUUCGAGAUGCUAGCAUCAUUUUUAUUGAUGUUUGUUAUAUCCGCUGUUUCCACAGACAAUAGAGCAAUCGGAGAAUUGGCAGGGAUUGCAGUUGGUAUGACAAUAAUAAUAGACGUUUUCGUGGCCGGGCCUAUCUCAGGUGCAUCUAUGAACCCAGCAAGAAGCAUUGGACCUGCAUUGGUGAUGCAUGUUUACAGUGGAUUAUGGGUUUAUAUAGUUGGACCCUUUGUUGGUACCUUUUUAGGUUCCUCAGCCUACAACUUGAUUAGAUUCACUGACAAACCACUAAAUGAAUUAAGUGGAAGCUCAAGCUUCCUCAAUAGUUUAUCAAGAUAA